AUGGCAAACAGUAAUGGUGAUUCCAAUGGGGAGAAUGGUUUGUUGGCAGUGUUUGGUGGCAAUGAAUUUGGUGGCGGCGGCGGUGGUGAGGGUGGUGGCAAAUUGGAGGAGGUGAUUCUGAAGAAGGGUCCUUGGACAGCUGCAGAAGAUGCUGUUCUCAUAGAUUAUGUGACAAAACAUGGUGAAGGGAAUUGGAAUGCAGUGCAGAGGAACACAGGGUUGAAUAGGUGUGGGAAGAGUUGUAGGCUUAGGUGGGCCAACCAUUUGAGGCCCAAUUUGAAAAAAGGUGCAUUCUCUCCUGAGGAAGAAAAGCUCAUCAUUGAACUCCAUUCACAAUUUGGCAACAAAUGGGCCAGAAUGGCUGCUCUGUUGCCUGGAAGAACAGACAAUGAGAUCAAGAACUAUUGGAACACAAGGAUCAAACGUCGCCAAAGACAAGGUCUCCCUCUCUAUGCAGAUGAGAAUGAUCACCAUUGUUCCACAACACCAAAUCCUUCUCCAUGCUUCACACAAACAGGAUCAAACCCUAAUAACAAUCUCACAAACUUUGAGUUCUUCAAACAAAGCCACCACCAACACUAUCAUCAACAACAACAACAACAACAAGAGCAACAACACUCACAACAACAACCUCUAUCUCCAUCUCCAACUCAACAUUCCCCUCUGAGUUCCCCUUUCCAUCACAGACAACCCUUCACCACUUCUUCACCUCUCACUUUCUUAGACCAGUCACCUCUUCCACUCUCCUCCUCUUCACCCUCCUCUCUCUCCUUCACCUUCCAAAGACCAGAACCACUCCUAUGCACCCCUCUUCGCUUCAAACGCUACCGUGCCUCUUCAAGCUACAACCCCCUCCCCGACCUUCCUCUCACAACCCAAUUCCCUCAUCUUGAUGCAUUCAGAUUCCCAGUUUCUUCAGGUUUCUCUCCAUAUUUUCAACCAUCUUUCUUAGAAUCUGACCGAGGCAUUUCUUCUUCCUCCUCCUUCCAACCCAAGUUGGAUCUCCCUUCAAGCCAGUUCUACAAACCACCCCAAGACCAAGACAUUAAGCUUGACAUUGAUUUCAACGACCCUUCAUUCCAAACCGGUAGCGGAUUGCUGGGGGGUCUUCUCUUGGAGGCUCAGGCUUUGGCUUCGGGUCAGAACUCAAAGAAACGACCCCACUUGAGUUUAAACGAGGGAAAUGAUUUUUUCGAUGCAUGCCAAAGCUUUGAGGACUUUCCAUCUAGCUCGCUUUACUGGCCUUCUUCUGCAUCAGCAGCAAAAGCAAAGGAAGAAGCACCAGACUUGAGCAAGUUCACGAAUGAAGAGUUGUCAUCAUUGCGUACGGUGAUUCCAUCUUCCAACACACAGGGUCAUGACUGGCUCAACAAUGGCGAUCCAGAAGGGUUGAAUGUGCAACCCUGUGACAGUGGCAUGACAGAUGACAACUUUGGAGUUGAUUUGAAGCCCGUGGCUUCAUUGUUUCCUCUCACCAACACCACAAACCAUAACGAAAACCAAGGUUGCUACCCUUGGGACAAUUUGCCUGGUCUCUGCUAA